AUGACUUCAAGCAUCAACGAGAAGGAGAACGAAAAGGUUGUUGGUAGCAGCCAAGCUACCUCAACUCCCGAGGAUGUUGUCAUCAACACUGAAAGUGGCGAUGCUCCCACUCCAGGUGAAGAAGGAGAAAUCGAAGGUUCCUGGAGUGAUUACAAGCGCAUUCUUACGUUUGCCGGGCCUACAGAAUACCUGAUGCAAGCCAUCGCUCUUGUCGCUGCCAUAGGCUCAGGUGCUGGUAUUGCUCUCCAGAAUCUCAUUUUUGGACAAUUCAUCACCAUUAUCACCGACUUCACUUCUGGGGUAUCCGAGCCCAGCAAGUUUCGUAAAGAUGUUGAAGAUCUAGCACUGUACUUUGUAUACCUCGGCAUUGGCCGAUUCGUUCUUUCUUACAUCUGGAACGUCUUCCUCACUUACUCUUCUUACCGCAUUGUACGCAACAUCCGAAAGGAGUACCUCCGCGCUGCUCUUCGUCAGGAAAUUGCCUACUAUGACUUUGGUACUGGUGGUUCCGUCGCCACUCAGGCUACUUCUAAUGGUCGCUUGAUCCAAACUGGUAUCGCCGAGAAGCUUGGUCUUUUCUUCCAGGGCAUUGCCGCUUUCCUCACUGCCUUCAUCGUCGCCUUUGUUGUGCAGUGGAAGCUCACUCUCAUCUGCUUGUGUAUCGCCCCAGCCACCAUCAUUGUCAUGACUGUUGUUGCCACCAUGGAGGCUGUUCACGAGAUGAAGAUCCUCGAGAUACAUGGCCAGGCCAACUCGCUUGCAGAGGGCAUUCUGGCCAGUGUCCGAACUGUCCAUGCCUUUGAGAUGAGAACUAGGCUUGUUGACAAGUUCGACAAGCACCUCGAGGAGGCCCACACUGUCGGAAAAAAGAUCUCGAUUCUCUUUGGUCUCAUGUUCUCUGCCGACUAUACCAUCAUUUACCUUGGCUUCGGUCUAGCUUUUUGGCAGGGUGUUCGUAUGCUCGCAAGUGGCGAGAUCACUGACUCUGGUGUCAUUUUCACAGUUCUUCUUUCUGUCGUCAUCGCAGCUGUUCAGCUGACCCAGCUUACCCCUUACACCAUCGACUUUAGUCGUGCCAUGUCUGGAGCAGCCCAACUCUUUGCUCUCAUCGACCGCGAAUCGGCUAUUGACCCUCUUUCCAAGACUGGCGAGACCCCGUCCGAGACUAUUGGACACGUAGAGUUGAAGAACAUCUCUUUUGCUUACCCCACGAGACCAGGAAUCACCGUGCUUGACAAUUUCUCCCUCGACAUUCCUGCUGGUAAGGUCACCGCUCUAGUAGGCCAAUCUGGAUCCGGAAAGAGUACCAUUGUUGGCCUUAUUGAGCGCUGGUACAACCCCAAGUCUGGCACUAUCAAACUCGACGGUCGUCCUAUCAACCAGCUGAACUUGAAUUGGCUCCGUCGAAAUGUUCGCCUGGUCCAGCAAGAGCCGGUUCUGUUUGAAGGAUCCGUAUUCGAUAACAUCAAGCACGGUCUGGUUGGAACCGAGUGGGAGAAUGCAUCAACCGACGAACAGAUGAGGCGAAUCGAAGAUGCUGCUAAGAUGGCUUUUGCUCACAACUUCAUCAUGGAGCUUCCUGAUGGUUAUAACACACAGAUCGGGCAGCGAGGUGGCCUCCUCUCAGGUGGCCAAAAGCAACGAGUCGCCAUAGCCCGUAGUGUUGUGUCUCAGCCCAAGGUUCUCCUCCUCGAUGAAGCUACAAGUGCUCUUGAUCCUCACGCAGAGAGUGUCGUCCAGAAGGCCCUCGACAAAGCAUCUGAAGGUCGUACCACCAUUGUCAUCGCCCACAAACUCGCCACCAUUCGCAAGGCCGACAACAUCGUUGUCAUGUCCAAGGGUUCCAUCAUUGAACAGGGCUCACACGACUCUCUGAUCGCCCAAGAUGGCGCUUAUGGAAAACUCGUCAAGAUUCAGAGUCUUGCCGUGGAUAAUGAGUCGGCGCACUCGGCAACCGAGGAAGAAGAAUCUGUUCCCGAAGUGGAAAAAGAAGACCUUAGCAUGACCAAGACUGUCACUCAAUAUGAAACUCACGUCCAAGAACGCCUCGAGGCCGGUAAGGAACAUGGCAACUAUGACAACCACAAGCAGCUGGGCAUCUUCCAUGUAAUCUAUCGACUCAUUCGAGAAAGUCCCGAGGUCGCAUGGUCGUACUUCUUUGUUCUCGCGGGAUGCCUGGGAGCUGUCGCGGCAUUCCCUGGACAAGCCAUUCUUCUUGCUCACGUCGUGGAUGUGUUCACUCUCACCGGCGAUAGAAUGAGGGAUCGCGGAGACUUUUAUGCCAGCAUGUUCAUCGUUCUUGCUGCCGGUCUUCUCGUGUCGUAUUUUGUUCUUGGUUAUGCCACUAACACUGUUGCUCAGUUCCUUAGCCACAAGCUUCGCAAGCAGAGUCUACAGGACAUGCUUCGACAGGACCUCCAGUUUUUCGAUCGUGAGGAAAACAGCACUGGUGCCCUGGCUAGUCGCAUUGACUCCAACCCUCAAUCUAUUCUGGAAUUGAUGGGCUUCAACGUUGCCCUCAUUCUCAUUGCCAUUCUCAACUUGGUUGCUUGCAGUCUCAUGGCUAUCAUCCACAGCUGGAAGCUAGGUCUGGUGGUCGUUUGUGCCGGUCUCCCUCCUCUGGUAAGCUCAGGCUACUUCAAGAUUCGCCUUGAUGCCAAGCUUGACCGGGAUACUUCCAAGAGAUAUUCUACCAGCGCUUCGGUCGCAUCUGAGGCCAUCACCGCCAUACGAACUGUUUCAUCUUUGGCUAUUGAAGAGUCUGUUCUAGAUAAGUAUGUCAACGAGCUGAACGGAGCUGUCUCUGGCUCAAAGAAUGAUCUUUUCAAAAUCAUGAUCUUCUUUGCCCUUACUCAAUCAAUCGAAUACUGGUUCCAGGCUCUUGGCUUCUGGUACGGCUGCCGUCUUCUGUCACAGGGCGAUGUCUCUAUGUACAACUUCCUCGUCGCUUUCCUUGGCGUUUUCUACUCGGGCCAGGCCUCUGGUCAGCUUUUCCAGUUCUCUACUAGUAUCACCAAGGGAGUCAACGCUGCCAACUACAUCUUCUGGCUUAACCAACUUCAACCUAAUGUUCAAGAAACCUCUGAGAACCGCGACAAGGGCCCCAAGUCAGGAGGUCCCAUCGUGUUGGACAACGUUCGCUUUUCAUACCCACUGCGACCUCACGCUCCCAUUCUCCGUGGUAUUGACCUAGAUGUCAAGCCUGGGCAGUUUGUGGCCUUGGUGGGCGCUUCAGGCUGUGGAAAGUCGACCAUGAUUGCCAUGCUCGAGCGAUUCUAUGAUCCAUCAAGCGGCACCAUCAGCAUCGACAACUCUGCUCUUCCCAGCCUCAAUCCUCGGCUCUAUCGUCGCAUCGUUGGUCUCGUUCAACAGGAGCCAACUCUUUUCCAGGGCACAAUACGAGAAAACAUCGCUCUGGGUGUUGACGACCCUGAGACUGAAAAGAAUGAUCCAGCCAUAUCGGUUUCCAAUGACCGAAUCGAAGCAGCUCUUCGCGCUGCGAAUGCCUGGGACUUCGUCUCGUCCUUACCUGAAGGUAUUGAUACACAAGCUGGCUCAAACGGUGCUCAACUAUCAGGAGGUCAAAGACAGCGAAUCGCCAUCGCGCGAGCCCUUAUUCGUGACCCUAAAGUUCUUCUUCUUGAUGAAGCUACCAGUGCUCUUGACACUGAGAGCGAGAAGGUUGUGCAGGGUGCCCUUGCUGAAGCAGCGAAGGAAGGCGAUCGUAUCACAAUUGCUGUUGCUCACCGCUUAAGCACUAUCAAAGACGCUGAUAAGAUUUGUGUGUUCCUUGGUGGAAAGAUCACAGAGACAGGAACCCAUCAAGAGCUGCUCGCACAAGGCGGACUAUAUCGUAAAAUGUGUGAAGCACAAGCUCUGGAUAGUUAG